CUGCGCGCGCCGGCUCCGUAUCGAGCGGACGUCAGCCCAGUUGUCAGUUGUCAGCGGGUGCCGGCGAGUGCGUGUUGUGUUUGUGAACGCGGAGCUCCGACGAUGGCUCUGCUGCGACGUCUGGCUGUGAACGCGCCGCGGAGCGCCCGCGUAUUAUCCUCCGCGCCCCCAACGAGAGACGAACUAGACCUCAACUUCAACAGCCCCAAGGAUGCGUUCAAAAGCAAGAAAACGAGCGAGCUGGUCCGCGCCUACCUCGUGUACCAGAUAUGCUCCGUCAACUGGAUCGUCGAGAACAACGCCAUGUUGAUGAGGAGGCUGCGGCAGGUGGUGGGCAACAGACUCUUCGAGGCCAUCAUGAAGGCCACCUUCUACGGCCAGUUCGUCGCCGGCGAGGACCAGAACAAAAUCAAGCCUACCAUCGAGAGGCUGCGCUCAUUUGGAGUCAAAUCGAUCCUCGAUUACUCAGUGGAAGAGGACCUGUCUCAAGAAGAGGCAGAGAAGAGAGAAGUCAGCGCUUCAGUGUCCACCUACGGAGACAAGCAGGAGGAGGGCCAGCUCAAGCAGUACCACGUGGAGCAGCGGUUCGCGGACCGCCGGUACAAGGUCACCAGCGCCAGGACCUACUUCUACCUCAAUGAGGCGUCUUGCGAGAAGAACAUGGAAGCGUUCUUGAAGAGUAUCGACGCUGUUGCCGGUAUCACCAAAAGCACGGGACUUAUGGCUAUCAAACUGACAGCCCUCGGAAGGCCGCAGUUGUUGCUACAACUGUCGGAGGUGAUCAUGCGCGCACGCAACUAUAUGCAGCAGAUAGCCGGCGGGACCGGCAACGUGCUCACGCACCACAAGACCAUCGAGGAUCUGCAGCGAUACUUCGGAGACAACAGCUCCAAGCCGGAGGUGCAGGCUUUCAUAAGGAGCAUCACUUCCGAUAAGGAGGGUAUCGUUCAUCUGUUCCCGUGGUCGAACAUCCUGGACGCAGACAUGGGCCUGUCGGACUCGUUCCGGGUGCCUGACCCGAAGACGGGCCAGAUGAGGCGGCUCAUCUCGCAGAUAUCCCCCAAGGAGGAGGAGAUGUUCCGCAACAUGCUCCGUCGGCUUAACGUUAUCAUCCAGGCAGCCAACGAGGUGGACGUGCGGAUCAUGAUCGACGCGGAGCAGACGUACUUCCAGCCGGCCAUAUCGCGCAUCUGCGUCGAGAUGAUGCGCCGGUACAACAAAGAGAAGUUCCUAGUAUUCAACACGUACCAGACGUACCUGAAGAACACGUACAACGAGAUCCUGACGGACCUGGAGCAGGCGUCGCGGCAGAACUUCUUCUGGGGCGCCAAGCUCGUGCGCGGCGCUUACAUUGAGCAGGAGCGCGCCCGCGCGGCGGCGAUGGGCUACGAGGACCCCACGUGCGAGAACGUGGACGCCACCACCGCCUCCUUCCACCGCUGCCUCAAGGAGAUCCUCAGCAGGGUCAAGACUGAGAAGACAGGACUGGGCAUAAUGGUGGCGUCGCACAACGAAGACACCGUCCGCUACGCCAUCCAGCUCAUGAAGGAGCACAGCAUCAAGCCCGAAGACAAGGUCGUCUGCUUCGGCCAGCUGCUGGGCAUGUGCGACCACAUCACCUUCCCCCUUGGUCAAGCCGGCUACUCAGCAUACAAGUACGUCCCAUACGGCCCCGUGGUCGAGGUCCUCCCCUAUCUGUCGCGGCGCGCCAACGAGAACCGCGGCUUCCUCCAGAAGAUCAAGAAGGAAAAAGGCCUCCUCCUCAAGGAAAUCUUCCGCCGAGUAUUCACCGGACAGAUGUUCUACAAACCAGAGGGCAAGUAUACGCCAGUGUAAAUCGAACUGUGUUACGGUGUGCUAGAAUCUAAUUUGCCGCGUGUCAAUUCGAAGGGUGGACUGUCAACCAGUGGGCUGUAUGGCGUCUCAAUGUAGUAAGGUUGGAGUUUUUUACAAACUUGGCCUGCGCUGCCGUGCACCGGCGACGGAUGGCGUGAGAAGUUUUAUUUAUUAGACAUCACACUAUAGUCAUUGAUAUGAAUUUUUGAUAACAAUGCAUUUAAAUAUUUAACGGAAUUCAAACAAAUUCGCAAUUUAAAUUUUUGUUGAUUUGUUCAUAAAUUAAUUUAAUUUAUUAAUUAUUCAAUAAAAAUGUUUAUAAUUGGGACGCCAUAGUCAUGAAUGACUGACGUUUUAUACGUGGAAAAGAGACGCAGGAUGCGUUCGUCUCUGUCGUUUACAGUGUUGUCAGAUGCUUCGUUCAGUAUUGUUUACUAUAAAAAAUAUUAUUUAUGAUUUUUGUCAACGCUUAUUCGUGUAGUGUAAAUUUAGAUCGCCAUUUAAAGUUGAUGUUAAAUUUAAUAAUAGUCAUUGUGUUUUAACAUUACGUCCAUUAUACAAUAAUUAUGUCAUUUGAUAAUAUUUGUUGAGGUUGCAUUUUGUGAAUAAUUUAAUUGAGCAACCUGAUAACGGUAUUGUAACGGUCACUAAUAAAUAACUUGAAAUAAUUUCUAGGAUGCCAUUGUAAUAUGAAGUUUUCGUAUUUCAAUGCACACAGAUUUCAACUUGGCUGGAAAACUGCCGUGCGCCCGUUUUGUGAAAGUAUCUUUAUUUGCCGAAGUUUUAUUUUGGACAAUAAUGAUAUAGAGUAAUAGGUACACGGUUUUAGGGAUUUGAAGUACUCGUAAUGUAAAAAGUUGUUGGUCGAAUGAUUAAAUCGUUAGUAAAAUUAUAGGGAAUGUGAUUGCGAGUCUCACUAAUGCUUCAACCACACCAACGCGUGUAGAUCGCCAUAGUCGGCGCGAUCAAAGGCCAAUGACAGGUAGCGUGACCCAUGACAGUCCACGCGACCUGAACAUUGACUUUAGCUCGGUCAGGUUAAACCGCAUUAAAGGCAAAAUUACGGCAAUAUUCUAUUGUCUCCAAAGACUAAAAUGCCCUAAUAGUAACGCCUAUACAUUCGUGAGACCAUAGAGUUAGGCGGAAAAAGUUUUCUUUUUCGUAGCUCAUAAUGUGGCAAAGGAAUAACAUUUUUAUUCGUCUUUUAUUCUCGAUUCUUGUGCCAUGGAGAUAAUCUCGAAAUAGAAAAAAAUGCGGAUUAGUGAUUUUCGAUGCUGAAAAUUUGUUUUUUUUUUAUCCACAACGAGGAAGCUCUUGGCCUGUAUCUCAUCUGAUGGUAAGUGAUGAUCAGGCCGAAGGUGGAAGCCAGCUUCACCCCGAAACUUAACCACAGAGGAACUGGCUGUCUUACCUCAAACGGCCGGAACACAACAAUGCUGUUAACAUUGUUGUUAUGGCGACAGACUUGUGACGGGCGGUGUUAAAUCGGUAAGACUCGAUUUUCACACGAAAAUACUUACCAUAUUUUCUAUUUUUCGAGAUGUUCUAUUGUUCGAGAAUCGAAGUUAGGCAGAAUCUCUAGUUUGGACGUGUCGUCUCUGUAAUCGUAUCUACUCAAUUUACUUACAAAUGAGCAUUUUUAUAAUAUUUUUUGAAAGUGGUUCGUUAUUUGCAUUUUACACUACGUUAUUAAUUCUCUAAGAGAUCUGACUAUUUAUUUGUGUACACCUGAGUCUCAAAGUUUAAUCUAAACUUUAAAGAGUUAUAAGAGUUGAAUACUUAGUUAUAAUCAAUGUAAAUAUGUACCCUCAAAAUUUAAAAUUAUCAAUACUUUUGCCGAGUGUCUUAAUAUCUAUUAAUUUACAUGUUUUAUAACUCUUUAGAUUUAGUUAGACUGUAUUUUAAUCUCAUAGAUCUCGAGUUGAUAUGCCAAGCACGAAAACUAGUUAGAAUUUUCCCAAAAUCCCCCCUAAUGUGUUCACGUUGGGGACGAUUGGGAAUAAUAUUCACGGAGCAAAAGUUAAAAUACCAUUUGAACAGCUAGUCCUCGUGUUUGGCGUGCUGAGUGUAUCCUGUCUUUGUCUAGUCGAGCUUAAACUUUAACGCCAAAACAGUUUUCUUCUCAGAAAACUGCAUUUUGGAAAGACCUUUACUCGACUGCAUUCGAUGGUCGUGAUAUUACUGUGGUCAGUUCCUACACUUAUUUAGGUUUAUGGAUUGAUUUUACCGUCACAAAACGUUGAUAUUAAAAUGCUGCUUAGUUUGAUAUUCUAAUUUAGGCGAUUUAAAAGAUCAAUUUAGCUUUAUUAAGCAGACUAAACGCAGUUAACGCUACACAGAAUCACUAGAUAGUUUACUAUCAAUCUUAUAAAUUAUCAGGAUAUCAAACUAGGUGAAGUAAGAAGAUCGAUAUUAAUAAACGUAGCUGCGAAUUGGACGCUAUCAUUUUUUAAAUCUGACCAUGUUUAUAAUGACGUUUAAUUAUUAUUAGUUCAGUCAGUCAUAACUUCACUGUUUUCUAGUUCUUUUAAAAAAUCAGUCACGGCGUAACACGACCACAGAAGAAAAUGUUUUUACUGAAUAGAACUAGACUGGACUGAUGAAGUGACUUGCUCAAAAAAAAAAACAUUUUGAAAGCGUCCAAAGCCAGUUAUGGAUAUGGAUAAAACUAUUGUCACUACUGUAUUACUAAAUUAUCGUGAGUUCGUUGUACGUUUAGUUCCAAUUGUAUUUUGUUUUAGAACAAUGUUAUUACUUCUUAUUUUAAUUUAUAAGCGAUUUAUAGUUUUCAUUAUCUUCGCUAAUUAAUUAUGUGAUGCUAUUUUUAGAUUAUUUUACGAAUAGACUUUUAAUAAAGACAAGGCUCGUUUUGAUGAUUUUCUUUUAUUUUAUUCCUUUAUAUCCUGUUUUUAUACUUAUGUAUGAAUGUUUUAUUUUCACAAGUUUCCUUUCGCGACAUAUCAUUUUUAAUCGACUUUACCAAUAUAAUUAAUAAAUGCCUUAUGUUUUACUUCUCUUUUAUUUCAAUGAAAUAUGCGAAUAUGAAUUCGUUUUGUUCUUAAAAUUUGCUUGCAUUGAAAUAUGCUUGCAUGACGGUAGACUGUAAAAUGUAUGUAUAAAAAUGACAAUCAUUUAAUUUUAUUAUAAGCCUAUUAUUCCCAUAUGCCUCCCCAGAGAUAAACCAAGUGGUGGCAUUUGGGAAUGAAGGCUAAGAUGACAUUUUUUGGUUCAAAAAUGAAUUAGUAGUUAUGUAACGACUUAUAAAAUAAGGCAUAGUCAAGUAGAUAUAAACAAACAAUAGGUAAACAUUUACCAUACCUACGUUUUCUUGUAGAUUAGGGGCAUUUGCUACUUUAACUUUACACUGAAAUGAAAUUGACGAUUUGGAGGCAUAGUUGACGAAAAUUAUAUCAGA